AUGAUAAGCGACUUUUUGAAGCCAGAAAUUGAAGCCCAUGAUCUCCACGACAUUUGGUUCCAACAAGACGGUGCUACAUGUCAGACAGCCCGUGAAACAAUGGAUUUACGGCGAAGUCGUUUCGGUGAGCAAUUUAUCUCUCGUCUCGGACCGGUGGAUUGGCCUCCAAGAUCGUGUGAUAUCACACCUUUGCACUUUUAUUUGUGGGGGUAUGUAAAGUCUAAAUGUUUUGUGGAUAAACCAGCUAGUGUUGAGGCAUUGGAAGCCAAUAUUACUGAAGUUAUUAGCGAGAUACCGACCGAACGCAGUUGCUUGCCGCAACAUUUGUCAGGGAUUAUCUUUAAAAAAUAA